AUGACAAAUAUCGACCCACAAGAGGCUUACAGUCUCAUCACAAAGAAUCUUCAAGAAGUUUUAAACCCACAAAUCAUCAAAAAUGUUCUUGAAGUCGAAAAGAGACCAUUAAAAUUGUACUGGGGUACCGCCCCAACUGGUAAACCACACUGUGGUUACUUCGUUCCAAUGACUAAACUGGCGCAUUUCUUAAAAGCUGGCUGUGAAGUUACUGUGCUUGUAGCAGACUUACACGCUUUCUUAGACAACAUGAAGGCCUCUUUAGACGUUGUGCAAUACAGAGCUAAGUACUACGAAUUGACCAUCAAGGCAAUCUUAAAGAGUAUUAACGUCCCAGUUGACAAGUUGAAAUUCGUUGUCGGCUCAUCCUAUCAAACGUCCUCCAAUUACACCAUGGAUAUUUUUAGAAUGGCUAAUGUAUGUUCUCAAAAUGAUGCUAAGAGAGCCGGUGCCGAUGUCGUAAAACAAGUCGCAAACCCAUUAUUAAGUGGUCUAAUUUACCCACUAAUGCAAGCUUUAGAUGAAGAAUACUUAGGCGUCGAUGUACAAUUCGGUGGUGUUGAUCAAAGAAAGAUUUUUGUUCUUGCUGAAGAAAACUUAGAAAAGUUAGGUUACAAAAAGAGAGCUCAUUUAAUGAACCCAAUGGUCCCAGGUUUAGGUCAAGGUGGUAAAAUGUCUGCUUCUGAUCCAAAUUCUAAAAUUGAUUUACUAGAAGAGCCAAAACAAGUUAAAAAGAAAAUUAAUAGCGCUUUUUGUAGCCCAGGUAACGUUGAAGAAAAUGGUUUACUAUCUUUUGUUGAAUACGUUGUAGCGCCUAUUCAAGAAUUAAAGCAUGGAAACGGUUUCUUCGAAUUCCACAUUGAUAGACCUGAAAAAUUCGGUGGUCCAAUCACAUUCAAGUCCUUCGAUGAAUUGAAACAGGCAUUCAAAGACGAAAAAUUGUCUCCUCCAGAUUUGAAAACUGGUGUAUCAGAUGCCAUUAAUGUGUUACUAGCUCCAAUCAGAGAAGCGUUCCAAAACAGCCCAGAAUAUCAAGAAGCUCAAGCCAAAGGUUAUCCAGUUCUAACCCCAGAAAAGACUAAGAAAGCCAAGAAACCAAAGAACAAGGGUACUAGAUACCCAGGUGCACAAAACAAUGACAAAGCAGUCAACGAUGCUGUAGAAAAAUUAGAUGCAACAAAGAUCGAAGACAAAUAA